AUGGGCUGGGGCGGCGCCGCCGGAUUCUCUCCUGUCGUGUGAGUCCUGUUAGAAUCGCCCUCUUUCGAGAGCUUACGCCUGACAAAACACAGCGGCAUCUUCUUCUUCGUCGGCCCCGUGCUGCUGGUCUUCGCCAUGGUGUUCGAGUGGGUCAUGGGAAACUUCUUCCCCAUGAUGGUUAUGGGGCUGUUCGCCGUGUUCUGGCUCUCGUUUGGCGUGCUGCAGCUGCCGACGCUGCAGCUGGGCGCCGCGUACGCGACCGCCGCCGACCCCACGGGCACCGCCUCGCCCGAGUACAACGCUGUUAUUGCCCUCUACCUCAUCGUCUGGGGCUUCGCCCUCUUCACCUUCUUCAUCUUCACUUGCAAGAUCAAUACCGUCUUCGCCGCCAUCUUCCUGCUCGUCAGCGUCGCCUGCUGGGUCCUUUCGGGCGCCUACUGGAAGGUCUCGUCGGGCGACUAUGAGGCUGCUAAUCAUUUGCAGAAGGCCGGAGGAGCGCUGCUGUUUGUGGUGGCCACCCUGGGCUGGUAUAUGUGUUUCAUUAUCAUGGCCGGCGAGAUGCGCAUCACGUUGAAUCUGCCGGUGGGCGACCUGAGCCAUUUCUGGCCCAGAACCGACGUCGAGCUAGCCACGGCCGAACACCGCGAUUGAGAAGACAAAAAGGAGAAAAGAACAGAGAGAUGCUUGGAUAUAUUGUUGUGCGCCUUUGGUGUGUUUGUUGCGAGCUGGAGGUGUUUAAAUUGAGGUGUGCCGGCAAACCUUGAGGCGCAGGUCUGCUUCAUGCAGCCUAUACCCUUCGUGUACAUCAAGUUUGGCGGGCGGGCAUAUUUAUGGCCAAGUAUUUUUUUUUUCAAAGCUAGAAGCUACCUUGGGUAGAUGUCCAAG